AUGGGCGACCACUCCGACUCCGAUUCCUCCCCCAAGUCCUCCUCCUCCUCGUCCUCCCCCUCCGCCCGCCGCCGUUCCUCGCCGCAGCGCGGCCGGGCCCACUCUGACGAGAGCGGCAGCAGCGACGGCGUCCUCGUCGAGCUUCCUGCCCAGGAGGCGCGGAGCCCCGGGGCCGACCCUGACGGCGGCGUCCUCGUCAACAUGCCCGCUGACGACGCCACCAGCGGCGAGACCUUCGAGGACGCCCCCGACGAUCUCGCGGCCGCCGGCUCGCGCUCCGCACGCUCGCUGGACGAGUCCAUGGCCGUCAUCGACUUCCCUGAGGUGUCCAGCACCAGCGCCGAGCUCCGCAAGUACCAGGAAGAGAAGGAGGUGUUUGCGCGGGAGGCGGUGGCACUCCGGAGGUUGCUACAGGAGAUGGUGGGGCAGGAAGCUUCAGUUGCGUUGCAUGGAGAGGACGCUGAUGAGACACUGUUGCAUUCGAUGCUGGACGACUGCUCGAGGCUUGUGCUUGAACUUAACUCGGUGGCACGGGCAAGGGAGCAGGAGAUUGAGAGCCUACAUGCAAGGGCUGCAGAGGCAGAGGUAUCAAGGGAGGUUGCUAAUGUAUACCUGGGUUCGUGGAGAGAAGGGUCUGAGCAAGCUGUUGGGCGGAUGCUUGCAUCAAUUGAUGCUGUCGUUAGGCAAGAUGAUGCCAGCUUUGAGGGUGCUGUGCAGGAUGGGAUUUCUAUUCUGGAAAGGAAGACUUCAUUGCUAGUGGAGAGGUACAGGCAGGUCUCACUGGGUAUUGAACAGCUUGAGCAAAUUUUAGCUGAGGUGAAGCCUGGUUUCGUGGCCACAGGGCAUGGUGACCUUGCUACCAUCUUAAGUAUUCUUGCAGAUGAAUUGGUUGGUAGCAAGAGAAAUGAGGUGGAUUUACUGCAGAAGAUGAAUGCUUUUGCUGAAGAGAAGAAGUCUCUUGCUGACGAACUUGAGGAAGUGAAAGCUGCUAGGAAUGCAGCGAAUGCUGAGGCAAGCAAAGCAAAGGCAGAGUCUGAGCAGAUGGAGCAUAAGUUAUCAACGACUAAGGAGAAGCUCAGCAUGGCUGUUACGAAGGGCAAGUCACUGGUGCAACACCGUGAUUCCUUGAAGCAGGCCUUGGCUGAAAAGACGGGUGAGCUUCAGAGUUGCAUGGCAGAGUUGCAAAAGAAGUCUGAUGCCCUGCAAGCAGCUGAGAGCAGGGUUGAGGAGCUAAGGGUUUUUCUAGAUGAAAAGACAGAUGAGCAUGAAAAGUGCUUGGAUGAGCUUCGAGAAAUAUAUAGUGCAUGGGAAGCUGCUAAGACGAGCAUCGAGCAACUAAAUGAAGCAAACGGUGCCCUUACUUCUCUGCAGGCUUCUCUUUCACUAAAGGAUGGGGUUCUUGAACGCAUUGAGGAGAUCAUGUCAGAGGCAACAUUUCCAGAAGGUCUUCUUUCCUUGGAGAUGACAGACAGGUUGGGAUGGUUAGUUGAGCAGAAGAAAAUUGCAGAUAUGAUCUUCUCAGAGCACCACAAAGUUAAAGAAAUCUUGAGCUCAGUUGACAUUCCACAUUCGGUCUUAGCCGCUGAACUUGAUUGCCAGAUCAGUUGGCUUGCCAGCUCACUGAACCAGGCCAAAGAUGAUGCGGUCCGGUUGCAUGAUGAGUCUGCUGAAAUGUUGGCUAGACUGGCUGCACAUGAAUCAAAGUUGGUUUCAAUGCAUGAGGAAAUUGACCGUUUGACAAUUAUUCUACUGGAAGAGAAACAGGAAAAGGAUAUUCUUGUAAAUGAACAUUCUGAAUUGAUGUCCCUAUACAACGCUGCUGUUAAUAAGUUGGCCCUUGUCUCAUCACAAAAUAAUGAGCUGCUAAAGGCAUUUGCGGAAUUUUCUGAUGUCACAUUGGAGGGUAGUGAGCCUAUGGAUAUUGCCGAAUUGGUACAGGGCCUCAGAAACAUCCAACAAAGAACAAAAUCUUCUCCUAUCGAGAGUGACAUUUUUGAGAAGCUACAGGCAUUACUAUAUACCCUAGAUCAGGAAUCAACACUAUGUAAGAUGAUUCUCGAGGAAGACAUGAUUGACAGAUCUGAGAGGACUGGUGAACUGCAAAGAACGGCCGAGGAGAUUCUUGUUCUGAAAAAUGAGAAGGUGUCACUGCAGAAGGAGCUCGAACGGGUGGAGGAGAGAUCAGCAUUGCUUAGAGAGAAGUUGUCAAUGGCUGUAAAGAAGGGCAAGGGUCUGGUACAUGAGCGCGAAGGACUCAAGCAAGCCCUUGACGAGAAGAGCUCUGAAAUAAAGAAUUUGAAACAAGUUUUGGAAGGGAAGAGCUCUGAGAUAGAGAAGCUAAAGCAUGCUCUGGAUGAAAAUAAGUCUGCAACAGACAAUGUGAAGCAAGUUUUGGAUGGGAAAAACUCUGAGAUUGAAAGGCUUAAACAUGCUCUGGAUGAUAGUUGUGUGGAAACAGAAAACCUAAGCCAAGCUUUUGUUGAGAAAACCUCCGAAGCAGAUAAAAUAAAACAAGAACUGGAUGCAAAGAACAUGGAUAUUGAGAAUCUAAGACGUGAGAUAGAGUCAAGAGAAUCUGCCAUGACAGAUCUCAGAGAGCACGUUGAGCAUCUAUCGUUGCAGGCUGCACAUUUGGAAAAGCUGCAAGUAGAUAUUGUUACCCUUAAUGAUGAAAAGGUGAAAUUAGAAAGCAUGUUGGAAGAAGCCAGAGCUUCCUGGGGCACUCUUGCUGAUUCAAUAUCAAGCCUUACUCUUCCUAUUGAUCAGCCUUUUGAGGAGCCUAUGGAAAAGUUUAGCCAGAUUGCCCAAUAUGUCCAGGAAUCUCAAGCUGCUAAGAGUUCUCUUGAAAAUGAGCUACACAAAGCAAAUGAGCAAAUUACCUUACAUGCUAGCAGGCAUUCUGAUGCCCUUUCCACCAUAAACAUGUUAGAAGAUGAGUUGGAUAAACUAAAAGAUCAUAUUUCUUCCAUUUCUGAAGAAAAACGUCAAAUACAGUUACAUACUUCUGCUGUACAGGAGGAGUUGGAGAAAACAAAUGAGGAACUGGCAAUCAAUUUCAGGAAUCUUGAAGAUGCCAACACCACCAUUAAUUCACUACAAGAUGCACUAUCACAGGCUAGAUCAAAUAUUUCUAUUCUUGACGCUGAAAAGAAUGAAGCUGAAGCUAAAUAUGAAACAGAAAUCAAUGCUCUUAAUGCUAAGCUAACCAAAUGUUUGGAGGAGUUGGAUAAAACUCACGGGCACUUACAAAGUCAUUCAACAGAACAUCAUGGUUACCUUGAGAAGCUUGGCAUGCUUAUAAUGGAUGAUAGUCUCUUGUCUCUGAUAGCUGAAGAAUAUGGAAAGACAAUCAGCAGCUUGAGAGAUAUGUGCCUUAUAGUCAAGAGUAUGCAUGAGCAGCUUUCUGUGAAGGGUUUUCAGAAUGAUCCAAUUGUGGAGGAUUCAGAACUCUCAACACUUUUAUCUCUUCCGGACUAUGAUAGCUUUGUUACAGAAAGAGUGGUCAACAACAAAACUAGAAAAGGGGAUAUUGAUGACACUUCAUCCUUGUCUACUAUUGUUGAACAGUUGAGCAACCAAGCUGAAUACUUUUCUAGUUUUUUAAAAGAUUUGUCAACCUACAUGAAUAGCAAUAUUAUUGUGGUGCUUCGUUCUCUGCAACUAGUGAGCAACACCUUUGCUCAUACUCUAGAAGAGCAUGACAUGUUGAAGGUUGAAUUGGGGAACAAGGAUGCUCAUAACAGAGCUCAGGAAUCUGAAGUGCUUUCUCUACAAAAAGAGCUGAGAGCGAUGUCAUCAAAAUGUAUUUAUUGCAUCCAACAAAUUGAAAUUGUUUUUGAUGAUAUGGUUGAUCUUGGAUAUGCAAUAGACUUGGCUACAGGCAGCUCAAGCAUAGGGUCUGAACUAGAAGUAACUGUGUCUGAUCUGAAGAAUGAGGAUACCAGGCUUGUGAUAACUUCAUUGGAUGACUUCAAAAUGAGGCUGAAACAAGCUGAAUCAGCUGCUGAAACUGCUUCACAUGAGCAUCAGUUGUCUGCUGAAAGGGUAUGCAUGCUGGAGAAAGAACUCAAAAUAUUACAGGAUGAAUGCAACAGAAUGGAACUAAAUAUGCAUACUCAAAUUUCAGCAGACAGAGGUAUAACUGACAAUGCAAUUUCAAAAGAUCAAAUGGAAGCCCUUGUUGAGAAGAUAAGUAAGUUAAAUAUGCUGUCAGGCGAGUCAAAUGUGCAGAGGGAAGAGGCUACAUUCUCUAGUCCGCUUGACAAACUUUUUGUUGUCAUUGAUGAAUUCAGUGCACUUCAACGUGAGGUUGAGACCUUAAGAUAUGAAAAUGAAGAUUUACAGUUAAAUAUUGAAUCCUAUACUCGUGAAAUUGAACAGCUAAGAGAGGUCUCCAGAAAUAGUGAUCUAAUUAAUAGGGAGUUGGAAUCCAAAGGAAGUGAACUUCUUGAGGUAACCGUUAGUAUGGAGCGAAUGAUUCAGCGGUUAGGAUAUCUUGGAGGAAAAGAUGUACUAGAAGAUAACAAACCUGCUACCACACAAGCUCUCUUAUCGAAGCUGGAAAAACUAAUAAUUGCUUCAAGUACUGAAGCUGGGAAUGCUAAAUCCAUGACACAGGAGCUGGGAGCAAAGCUGCAGUCAAGGGAAAAGGCAGUUGAUGAGCUAUCAACAAAAGUUAAGAUGCUUGAGGAUUUGUACCAUGCGCGACUUGCUCAGCCAGAAGCUAGUAAAGACAGAUCAUUUGAAGCAUCUUCCUCAACAAUUGGUUCAGAUAUGUCUGAGAUUGAAGAUGCGGGACCAGUGGGCAAGGCAUCAGUUUCAUCUGUCUCUACAGCUGCACAUGCUAGAACAAUGCGGAAGGGGUCGUCGGAUCAUCUUGUUCUCAGCAUUGGUUCAGAGUCGAACGAUUAA